CGGCAGCGCCGCCCGCCCCGCCCCGCUCCGGCCCGGGAGGCCGGGAUUACAUAACGGCGCCGGAGCGAGCAGCUGCAGGACUACAGCAUGCGGAUUGGGGAUUACGUUGAUUCAGCAGAUUGUCCUGUGCACGUCUGAGCAAGAUUACACCAGCGCGGUUAAGAAUACCCGUUUGCUGUGAGCAAAGCGUAGCUGCGAGCCAGCUCGAGAGGACGCCUCUGGGUGGGGACCUUGCUGGUAACAGCCCGUGUCACUUUGUCUUCUAUGGACAGGACAGUUAAAAAGCUAGAGAAGCCACGUGUGGUCCCAUGAAAACCAGAAGCAUCUACUUAUAAAGUGCUGUUGCCUCUGACCAAGAACAAAAAUUGUUGUUGGAAUAAUAUGCGAACAGAUCAUGAAGAACUCUGUGGCACCAGUUAUGGAUCUUUUUGUCUAAAUGGAGGGAUUUGUUAUAUGAUUCCUGCUGUAUCCAGUCCAUUCUGCAGGUGUAUUGAGAAUUACACAGGAGCUCGUUGUGAGGAAGUUUUGCUGCCCAGCAUCAAAUCCCAAACAAAAGGUGACCUGUUUGCAGCUUUCUUGGCUUCCCUUCUUCUUCUAGGAGUUCUUGUAAUUGGAGCAUUCUACUUCCUUUGCAGGAAAGUUGCCAUUCCAAGGACAAGUUCUUCAGAGUGUGGUGCCAACCUAGUUGAAGCUACAAGCAGCAAUGGCUGCAACAUCACGUGUUUUAUUUUUCAGAAAUAACUACAGCCUAAAGCAUUAGAGUGGAAGAAUGGUGGAGAAACAACAUGCAGAGCAACCCUAAGAAUCUAAAUUGUAGAGGGUGACAUGGUAAGCAAGAUGAGACAAGAAAGUUGAUGGAAACAGGAGGCUGACAUGUUGGGGAAGACUACAUCUAAGACUUCAACAGUUGCACUUAAUGGAGUUUCUAUGUAUUUUUAAAACUGUCAAUUAUACAGAAAUCACUAUAAUUUAUGUUUGAAUUCUGUGAGAUUUUUUUAUGGUUUUCAAUAAUGCACAGCUAGAUGCAUGAGAUAAUUUUGGGUUUUACUACAUGGAAAAUAAAUAAAAUAUGUUAUUUUUUUCACUGCACAGAGAAUAUGAGAUAUCACAGGAUUUUAGCAUGAGGUGAUACUAUGAAUUUUUGAUAGGGGUUCUCAUUUUUCAUGAGGAGCUGAAGCCUGUCUUGAUUCAAUAGUUUCAAAAUUGAUAUUUGUGAUACAUGUCCAGAAUUUGGCUUGUUUCAGAUGCCAAUAUCAGAUGUAGGGGAAAACCCCCUACCUUUCUCCCAGCUAAUACUUACUUUUGGUUGUUUUUUUUUUUUUUAAUUGGAA